UUUGAUUAUCGUUGAUGAUUGCAUAUAUAUCCGCCGAAGCGGCCCGCAACAGAAAAUCUCUUCCUUUCGUAUGAAAAGACUCCAUAAAAGCAAUUCGGCAUGAAUUUACGGAGAUCGCGAGCAACGCGGCUCGCUGUAUUAAUUUCACUGAUCAUUAUCAACGCACGAUCUUGCGUCGCUGAAUCGAGCGGUGAAUAUCUUCAGAAGGCGAUGAUUGAGCUCCAGGAAUUAAAUGUGCCUUCUAAUAGUCUAACGAUGUACGAUCGAUUGUCGUCGAUGAACCUAGGCUAUCAGCAGGGCUAUCAUGAUUACAACAGGCAUCGCAAGGUCAGUAUCAACAAUGUCCAUCAAGGCAUGCAAAAGGCGAUUGCGGAUGUGACUGUCGAACCCGCGGGCAGCAUUAUACAGCAUUACGCAAUACGCGACUCCACCGCUAUGACUAGUCACUCGAAGAUGAAACAACCGGAGCCGCUAGCGUUCACACGAGCGGAAUUGGCCGCGUUAUACAAAAAGGCUUUGGAAAAAGGGUCAGCGAUCAGCGUAGCGUCGUUGAUGCAUGCUUUCAAUGCCGCAGGCGGCAACGGCAACGGCAACACGCCGUCCGAGACCGGUCAUCCGCAGCUACCGGUUAAACCGAUGUACAACUAUUACUUCUUUCCAUUGAAAAGUUUCGCGUCUGAGCUGCAGAGAGAUCAUCACCAACCCGCGAUCAUUCCAAUGUACGCAGCUAUGGAAACCACAGAGAGUACUCAGAAGCAGCUUAUGAAUCCACUCUUCGUAGCGAUCGGCACAUUCAUUAGCAUGGCACUUCUAUUUAUGAUGGGUGUAUUGUUUUUACCGAAACUGCCACACUUGGAACUUUUCAACGCACGAUUAGUCGACAACGAUGACUUUUUGCGUUUAACAACAUUUGUAAUGAAUGCCAUAAACGAACACAACCGCUGGCAGAAUUUCAACACAACUAGCUGAGAGUACAUAAAGUCUAAAGUACUGCAUUCUUACAUUAGAGAUGCAAAAUA